GUUGCUCUAUCUUUUUAAUUCUGUAAACAUUAAUGGAAGACAAUCUGAUUAAUUUUCUUCUCUCUCUUUUCCUUUUUGUAAUAAGUUGAUUAUAUUUAAAAUUAUUUAAUAGAUGCUUCAUAAAUUAAAUUAAUUUUUUCAUCUUUUAAACAAUCGGUCUUGCGUUUAUCUUUGUCCCGGUUACUCUGGUUUGUGUUGUGUGUUAGCAAUGGCUUCGAAAGCUCGCAAAGCUGCUGAAAAGGUUAUUCAUACGACUCCAUUAUUUGUUUGGAUCUCCGCGGGACUUGCCAAUCCUGGUCCACCAUUGGGACCACAGUUAGGUCAAAGAGGGAUUAAUAUUGCUCAAUUUUGUAAAGAGUUUAAUGAUAAAACUGCCAAGCACAAGAAAGGAAUACCUAUUCCUUGCAUGAUUUCGGUUAAUCCGGACAGAAGCUUCAAACUUACCAUGAGUAAUCCACCCAUAACGUAUUUCUUAAGACAAGCUGCCGGAGCUGAAAGAGGAGCAGCCGAUUACCGAACACAGGUUGCUGGCAUGAUCACUGUUAAACAUGUUUAUGAGAUUGCGAAGAUAAAGAGCCAGGAUGCUUAUUAUGAGAAUGUACCGAUGGAAAAGAUUUUCCAAGAAAUAGUUGUAAGAGCUCUCCAGAUGGGAGUCAAAGUUGUACACAAAUUGGAUGCCAAGGAAUAUGCGGAAUUUUUGGAGAAACGAAGGGUUGAAGUAGAAGAAGAAUUAAGAAAACUUGAAGAGGAACGUCAAAACAGAUUGUUGAGAACCUAAACUGUUUCAUUCGCCUUAUUCUUGUUGAAAAAACCUUUGUAGAUAAUAUGGACCCAUAUGCACAUUUGAGUAUAUUUGCAUCUAUAAAUGAAUCCAUAGGAACGGAAAAAGAAACGAAUUAUCUAAUAUAGAUGUUGCUCCGUCGAUUCAAUUGUCGUACGAGAAGAUUUUGUAAAAACAAUUGGUAGAGUCAAUUAAAUAUCAAUAAUGUAAGCAAUUGCGUUUUUA